AGAACACUCGCUUGAAAUCAGAGUGGACCGCCGCUCCUUGUAGUUGCAUCUCCACCGUCCACUGCUGCUCCCACGCCACAAUCACCUGAUCUGAUAACCAUACGGCAACAUUUCUCACGCCUCUCUUCAUCCAUAUCAAGGAACUGAGAGAGAAGAAAAGAGAAAGAAUGAAGAGAAACGAAAGGGGAGAAAAGAGAAAGAAAAGGAAGGGACGGAAGGGAUGAAAGGGGCGUAGGGGGAGAUGGGAGAAAAAGGGGGUAAAAUUAAUUGUGAAAUGGUAAAUGUAAAAAUAGUAUUUAUAGUGUGUAUAAGUGCGUAAGAGUAGUGUGUACCCAAAGCAUAUUUGAUUUCCAACUUAACUUAUCGAUACAACAGGGGAGCUCCACCGCUACUAGCUUUCACUAAGAAAUUGGAGACUGAAAUUCUUUAAAAAUCCAUAGACUUCUGUGAUAUAGAAUUCCACAGGAUUCUACAACAAUCGAAUGGAGUCUAUGGAUAUCUAUUAUUAUUCGUAGAAUUUAAUCUAUGGUGAAGUCCUGACUCCUGAAGCAAGAAGCUUCCGAGUAUAGGAGUGUUGUUUUGGACGGAGUCUUUGGAGAUCGCUUAAUUCCAUCCCCCGUAGCUAGAAGGAAGAGCCAACACACAACUCUUUUCACAUUUGCAGUAAUCAAGCAUUCAGAAUAUGGCAAUUGACCGUCUGAUUUUAGGGGCAGGCCAAGAGGUGGGGAAGAGUUGCGUGGUGGUGACUAUGAAUGGAAAGAGGAUAAUGUUUGACUGUGGCAUGCACAUGGGCUUUUUGGAUCGUCGCCGCUAUCCCGAUUUCUCUCUUAUCUCUCAUUCUGCCACUUGGAUCAUAUAGGAGCUCUUCCAUAUUUCACUGAAGUUUGUGGGUAUAAUGGUCCCAUAUACAUGACGUACCCCACAAAAGCCCUGGGUCCGCUAAUGCUUGAAGAUUACCGGAAAGUAAUGGUUGAUAGGAGGGGAGAAGAAGAGCAAUUUACUGCAGAACACAUUGUGGAAUGCAUGAAUAAAGUUAUAGCAGUGGAUCUGAAGCAGACUGUGCAGGUCGACGACAAUCUACAGAUUCGAGCAUACUAUGCGGGGCAUGUCCUUGGAGCAGCAAUGUUCUAUGCUAAGGUGGGAGAUGCCACUAUGGUAUAUACAGGGGACUACAACAUGACACCUGAUAGACAUCUUGGGUCUGCCCAAAUUGACCGUCUGCCGUUGGACCUUGUUAUAACUGAGUCAACUUAUGCAAAUACUUUCCGUGAUUCAAAGUAUGCUCGUGAAAGAGAGUUUCUGCAAGCUGUUCACAACUGUGUUAAUGCUGGGGGAAGGUGCUAAUUCCUACAUUUGCCCUGGGCAGAGCUCAGGAAAUAUGUAUGCUGCUGGAUGACUAUUGGGAGCGUAUGAAUCUUCAAGUUCCUAUAUAUUUUUCUGCAGGAUUGACUGUCCAAGCUAAUAUGUAUUACAAGAUGCUCAUUAACUGGACCAGCCAAAAGGUGAAAAGCACAUCCACCAUAUGCAAUCCAUUUGAUUUUAAAAAUGUAUGCAGUUUUGAUCGAUCAUUAGUUAAUGCUUCUGGGCCUUGUGUACUCUUUGCAACUCCGGGAAUGAUAAGUGGAGGGUUCUCACUUGAAGUUUUUAAGCAGUGGGCUCCAUGUGAAGAUAACCUCAUUACUCUUCCUGGAUAUUGUGUAGCCGGGACCAUAGGGCAUCAAUUGAUGUCAGCGAAAACACCCACCAGAAUCAGAAUGGAAGGAGGGACCCACAUUGACGUGCGCUGUCAGAUCCACCAGCUGUCUUUCAGCCCACACACUGAUGCCAAGGGAAUUAUGGACUUGGUUAAAUUUCUUUCACCCAAACAUGUCAUACUUGUACAUGGUGAGAAACCAAAGAUGGCAUUACUGAAGGAGAGGAUCCAAACGGACUUACAAAUCCAGUGUUACGAUCCUGCAAAUAAUGAGACUGUGUGUAUUCCUUCAACUCAUUACAUACAAGUGGAUGCCACAGAUACCUUUGUCAAAAGUGUGGUAACCCCAAAUUUCAAGUUUCUAAAUAGCAGUUCAAAAACAGAUUCUAGUCUAAAUGGAAUCGAUCCGAGGCUCAAUCAUGUGUUACAAGUAUGUGAUGACAGAGUCGGCCAAGGGGUACUAGUUAUGCAGACCAACCAGAAACCAAAGGUUGUACAUGAGAACGAGAUGAGAGCAAUGCUCGAAUUAGAAAGCUAUGAAGUGAGAUUCGCUUACUGUUUUCCUGUGGAGCUGUCUUUUUCUGAGGAUAACACCAACCAAAGCUACGCCGACUUACAUGUUUGGCUUCAGUUAUUGUAUGCAAAACUUGCAGGAGGACUCGAAGAUUUGAUCAUUGUGAACAACAGGGAACAUCUUCGCGUAGAGUCAUUUGUUAUUGUUGUUUGCUUGAAGGAAAAGUGCUCUCACAGAGUCGAUAGUGGCAAUGCCCAGUGCACAUCUAAGUCGGUGCAUUUUUGCUGCAGUUGGUCAUUGGUGGAUGAGAAGCUUGCUUGGAGAAUCAUCUCCUUGAUGAAAAAUCUGGAGCUGAUAACUGCCCAAGUUGGUUUUAAAAAUAGAGUAUGAUUAUUGAUUUGUUGUUCUAAAUAUAUCCCCAACCAUCUGGUGAAUAGGAAUUCUUUGUUGUACUAUCUCCAGAUAAUAAGUUUACAAUUCUUUCUUUAAUUGCUUGGAGAAUCAUCUAUCUGCUUGUUGUCUAAUUCUUUUUAUUAUACACUAUAAACACAGAGUAUGAUUAUUGAUUUGUAUCGCGUGGGCUGUGUGUUCCUCUUUGAUUA